CCUGUUUAUUGUCUUGUCAUGUCACGUCAAAAUUUUGUCGAAACAUCGCCCCGUGCUCCUUUUAAACAUUGAAUUUAAACAAUAAAACAUUGGUUUACGAGCAAUCGUGGUAUUUUUUCAAAGAAUAUGCUUUAAAAUCUCAAACUUACAAAUUUUCUGAACUUUAAUUCGCUUUGAAAACGCGCAACCCGGCAAUUUGUGUGUUAUGUUUAUGCAUUGACGUAUUGCUAUUAUGGCAUCCGGAUCCAAAAAUGAUAUUGUAAACAGACUGCUAAAUGUGAGACUCGACGAUGGAGCUGGAGGAGACGAGAUGCCACCACAAAACAUGUUACCAUCGAACCAACACGCUCGGCAAAACAAUAAUUCCCAAGAAGAAGACAACGGGCAGGCCCCAGAACCUGUGGCUUCUUCGUCCGCUAUAGAGAAUCUCCAGCCAACCAACAAUACAGGAGGCAGACUACACAACUGGCAAGCUACGAAGACAACAGUAAAAGAGAGGUUAUCAUUCCUGUUUAACAAUGAAAUACUUUGUGAUGUUCAUUUCAUAGUUGGUAAAGAAGCCAACCAGCAAGUCAUACCAGCCCAUAAGUUUGUUUUAUCCGUGGGCAGCGCCGUCUUCGAUGCCAUGUUUAAUGGUGUACUUGCCACAAAAUCUGAUGAAGUGGAGUUGCCCGAUGUGGAGCCUGCAGCAUUCCUUCAUCUACUGAAGUUCCUGUAUUCAGACGAAGUAAGGAUUGGGCCAGAGAGUGUUAUGACUACACUUUAUACAGCAAAGAAAUAUGCUGUAGCAGCAUUAGAAGAACAUUGUGUGGACUUCUUGAAGAGUAACCUAGGCACAGAUAAUGCCUUUUUACUGUUGACACAAGCCAGAUUGUUUGAUGAGCCACAGUUAGCCGCUCUUUGCUUGGAGAUGAUAGACAAGAACACAGCAGAUGCAUUAAAUGCAGAAGGAUUCACUGAUAUAGACCAGGACACUUUAAAUGCUGUACUAGAAAGGGACACAUUAAGAAUUAGAGAGGCAAAAAUUUUCUCAGCUGUACUACGUUGGUCGGAAGCAGAGUGUUUAAGACGACAACUGCUUGUUACCCCGGCCACACAACGCAUGGUGUUGGGGCGGGCAUUCAAUGCCAUUCGGUUUCCUCUCAUGUCUGUAGAGGAGUUUGCAAUGGGACCUGCCCAAAGUGGCUUGCUUGAUGACCGAGAAAUAGUCCAAUUGUUCCUAUAUUUUACUGUCAACCCAAAACCAAAUGUUGGUUUUUUAGACACUCCUCGUUGUUGUAUGACUGGUAAAGAGUUGACAGUGAACCGGUUUCCCCAGACAGAAUCACGGUGGGGCUAUAGCGGCACUACAGACAGAAUUAGGUUUACUGUUGAUCAGAGGAUUUUCGUUGUUGGUUUUGGACUAUAUGGAUCAUAUUUCGGGCCCACAGAGUAUGAAGUUCAUUUACAGAUAAUCCACCUAGCUACGAAGAAGGUGUGUGGUUCCAACACAACAACGUUUUGUUGUGAUGGCACCGAUGACACCUUCCGGGCCAUGUUCAAGGAACCAGUAGAAAUACUGCCUAAUACCUCAUACAUUGCUAGUGCUAAAUUAAAGGGCACUGAUUCCUACUACGGCACUAAGGGCCUCCGCCGCGUCACUGUCGACUGCAACAACGGAGAGAAGGUAGUUUUCCAAUUCUCAUAUGCUGCCGGCAACAACAAUGGUACCUCCGUGGAGGAUGGGCAGAUCCCGGCUAUCAUAUUCUAUAUUUAAAAAUAAAACAUGCACAGAUAAUUAAGGUCUUUUGAAUCUGUAGAAGUUGAGAGUUCUAAAGUUGAAUUUACAGUAUCCACUACUUUCACGAAAAUAAUAAAAAGGGAAAAGUUAACAUCCUUAUUUUGUUCCAUCAUAUAGUUAUUAUGCGAUUGCCAAUUUUUCUUCAACAGAACGAAAAGCGAUAAAAUUAAACUCCUUUUAAUAAUUAAUAACAUGAUUUAAAUAAUUCUAGGAUAUUUCUUUCUGAAAAACCAACAAAUAUAAGGCUAUCUCACAAAAGUACCUGCAAAUAUCUAGUCUGCCUCAAGGUUCAUUACAAGAGAUCUGAGUUUUUGCUCUAGAAAUGGGCUAGUAAUCUAAAUCCAGAAAUAAUGUUUUUCUAAAAAUUUUCGAGAAUAUAGUGGAUUAAUAUGUUAUAUUUUGUUUUAGUUUUAAAUUAAUUCUAGAAAAGUAAGCUCUGUGUAAGUUAAAAUUUCUACUUUUUGCAAGAAUAAAAAUUAAAACUAACUUAAAUUCUUUGUUAGAUAUAGGUACCUAUCACAAGUGAAAUUAUCGAUAAUUAUGGGAAUUAAAAUUCUUUCAUAAAUAAAUUUAGGCAUGACAAACCAAACAAGAACGUCAUUGUCACAACUUGUUAACUAAACUCGACAUUGAAAAUAUCCAUCAUCUCAAUAAUGUGAGCUGAUCUGUGCACAAAAUAUUAAAGUCGCAACAAUACUGGACAGAUUCCCAAGCAAGUUGAUAAAUUUUUAAUUUUUUCAUGUUCUUGAAUACAAGGUCUUUACGGCAGUUCUUUAUUCUUUAAUUCAAUAAUGUGUCAAUUUCUAUAAUCUACGAAAUAUGAGUAUGAUACUUUGAGUUUUUGCGGUGUAAUUUACGAAACCGCGCUUGGUUUCCGAAUUAUACGGUUUUCUCAUAGCUGAAACGUAAAAAACAUAGUACAUACAGGUCGAGAUGGAUUUUUGUAUUUCAACGGUUGGAUGUAAUUUAAUUUAUUUUGAAACCUUACUGCUCCCAGGGCAACUUACUUUGUCCAAAUUCGUUUCAUUAUCAAUAAAAACAAAAACUUUAUGAAAUCGAUUAGCCAUAUUACUCGUAUUUGAGUUCCGUCGCGGCGUUGUAGGCAUGUUUGUCAGUUUUAAUGCGACUUUGUAGACUAGACACUUCAACUAAAUAUUAUUCCUGAAACCGUGAUGUUACACAUAUCAUAUUAUCUUAAUAUAUAAAUUUGUAGCAAAACUGCUUUCUUUCAUUAGCUUUUAGAAUUUUUGGAGCCGUUUGGUAAUUUUUAAUAUGAAAGACAACAGAUAUCAGCACUGUCAUUGGUCAACGAUUUGACAAAAUAGUUUUCAAAACUUUAUAUUUUUUCAAAACAACACACUCUAAAUCGCUGUCUGACUGAUUGACUAACAUAUCAACGAACAGUUCAGACCACCUUUUGAGAUUUAAUAAUUUGCAUGUAGGUAGGUUAUGUGGUGUAGGGGUGCAUUAGGACAGAAUUUCUACCUACUAAACCUAUUAGGCAUGCUUUAGGUUUUUUGCAGUAGAUGCUCCUUUUUUUAAAAAAUAAUAUUCUUUAAAUAAAUAAUAUAAAUAUUUUUUAAAUAAUAAAAAUUUAACUAAACCUGGACUUGUAAGUCUUUUCAAGACAGUUUGCUUAGUCUACCCCGCGAAGGAUAUAGACGUGAUAAUAUGUAUGAAAAUUUCAAUUAACCAUCUAAGGAUUUGAUUAUGUCAAUCAAUGUUAAAAUUAUAUUUUACAAGUACCUAUUAAUCAUGAUGCAAGCAAUUUUAUUAUGUAAGAAAUUGUUCAGUAAAUAUAUUCGUUUUUUAUUUUUAGGUAGUUAUAUUUUUAGGUUCACUGCCGUUCAAUAGUUUACUGAUUGAAAAUAAAUUAAUAAGAAACAACAUAGCAUCAAAACAAAAUAUAAUUUAAAUAAAUAGAAAGUUAGGAACAAUAAAUUUAGGAUUAAUUCUGUGUUAAUAGACUUAAGUAAUAUACUUAGGUAAUAUAAUCUUCAAUUUAACACCAGUAAAUAUUAACAGUACUUAUGUUUUACUUGCCAGUUGUUAUCUGUUGAAGUUAUUUGUUUUGAACUCUUCGUUAGUAACAGUUUCAUCGCCCGAGAACCAUAGUCAGUAGCAUUACCCCUUAAAAUUAUUAUCAUAUUGCUUAAAAAAUAAAUAUUUUUCUAGUGAGGAACUUGUUAUAUCCUUUCUUAUACCAUGAUAACUUUCUUAUGGGCAAAUUGUUGUAUAAUGAGCAUUACCUUUUGCCAAUAUCAAUGCCGUCGGUCAGUGAUAAGUACCUCAUCUGUAGAAAUCGAAAUAUCAUAGAAAUUAAAAUAGACUAAGUAUAGUCCAAUUUCUAUGAUCUCAAUACAUUACAUGAACAUUUUCAAAUGUUGUCGCUGUAAAAUCCAAGAAAUUGUAUAUUGGUCCGGGUAGCGAAUUAGGUAGCAAUUACCUCUAGGCAGACUGGGGUGUAGGAUUGGUCUCCAGCAUUAUUUUAGAUGAACUGUGACAGAUUUACAAAAGAAGUGUGAAGUUAAUUCUGACUUUCAUUAUAUUUUUAUCGAAUAACCAACACAACAUGCCACGAAGAUUCGUGUCCUGAUAUCUUUCAAAUGAAAUCAUUUUUAUUUGUACUGAUUUUACAUUCAUGGAACGUUAAUCAGGCCUAAACUGGUAAAGAAGAAAAAAUUAAAAUACAUCUAGGUUCACGUCCUAAUUACGAUGAUGCAUAAUGCAAAGGCUUCACUUUUAUUAAUAAUGUGAUGACCUUAGGUCGGAAUAAUUGAGACUAUAUUCCGCUUUUUAUCGGUGUGACUGAGGUCGAGGCAAAUAAUACUAGGAGCCACGGUGUUUCAGGGAUUAAACUUGAGUAUAUUUUUAUAAUACCUAAAAAAUCUAGUAUGUAAGCUGAUUUAUUUAUCUAUUGUCAUUUAAUACACUUCCGUGCCAAAUAAGUAUUUGAAAAUUUAGCCCAACAAUCUAAAAAUAUUAUUUUUUUAAUUUAAAUGUAACGCCCAUUAAAAAAAAUGUGUUCGAUCAAAAUUUUAAUUAACUAUUGGUUACUUUUCUAGUCAAUAACUUUUUAUUCAAGUAAUUGAUUUAAGCAGAAUGAUUUUUAAUGCUAUAUUCAAAUUGAAUCAAAGGACAAGCUUCAGAAACCGGCUGUCCAUAACUAGCACUAAUUUUCAUUUAGCUAAUCAAUAUCAAGCACUUUCCAUAGUUUAAAACAAUUGUAAUAAGGGCAACACAGCGCGUAAGGUAAGUUGCAACGUAAGUUUGAAUCCUAAAACGAUUAAACUUAAAGACUUCAAAGGAUCUUGCGACUGAAAAAUGUCUAAGAACAACCUGACACAAUUGAAUAAAGCAAUAUCUUUAAGUUUAAAGUAAUAUUAGAAAGUAAUAUGAUUCCACUCAUCAACCCACAAAUAAGAACACUCCCAAUUAAAUGAAGUACCUUUUUAAUAAUCGCUAGGUCAUAUUGUUUCACCGCAGAGCCCGAACGCCCUGAUUUUAUGGAAAUCAUUGGCAGUGAAUUCUUAAAAUGCGUUAUUGACUAGCUAAAUGAAACUAAGUUUAGGUUGUUAGUACUUUGCCUUUAAAGGCUUAAAAAAUGUACCUCGCCUCCGUGGGUUUACCCGUAAGACCACGGUUUGUAUUUUUGUUAAGGAAUGGAAUAAGCAGGAAUUGAGCUGUGUAUGAUAUCCUAAGCUGUGUAUUUUUAAAUAAAUAUUUUGUAUAGAGCAAGCGAUGUUGGUUUAGAUGUCGUCAUUAAAUUAAAUAAAUUCUUUAAAAAAUA